GUUUACGUGCAUUAACACUAUCACUGAGAGAGGCUGUGAGCAGGACCUAGCCUGACACAUGAGCACAUGCACAAGAUCAGCAGCUAUUUCCUUACAAGACCUCAACAAGUAAAUAAUGGCCUUGAGCAGUGACGAGUUUACAUUCUUUAAUGAGACUGAAAGCAGUCAGGAUGACUUUCCACUGUCGGCGCUCGAAUGCUAUUGUGCUGCUGCCAUUAUUAUUUUCUUCUGCAUCAGCCUGUCCGGAAACAGCUUCCUGAUGUGGGUCAUCCGAAAAGAACAAGCUUGGAAGAUCACACCCGAUAUCUUACUUCUGCAACUUACAAUAUCUAACCUUUGCAUCACUGUGACCUUGCCAUUUGAGGCCUGUAAUUUACUCCGUAGCUGGAUCUUUGGAGAGUGGGUCUGUGGAUUCAUGACAGCAGUUUAUUAUCUAGGACUGUACGCCUCUAUUUUAAUCCUCACUGUCAUGUCGUUGCAUUAUUAUUUUUCUUUUGUUCAGGUUUCACGUCUGUGUGCACAGGUCUCAAGAAAAUGUGGUGUCCUCAUUACUAGCAUCUUGGUAUGGCUGGUAUGUGCUGCUGCAAGCAUUAAGCAGUUCAUGUAUACCGAAGUCAUAUUUGAGGUUCAACUGUGUCUGUUUGAAUGGACCCAAGCUCGAGUCUACACAGAGUUUUGCCUUUUUUUUCUCAUUCCUUUCCUUAUCACUACAUUCUGUCAUGUCCACAUGUGGAUAAUGAUGAAACAGGGCAAGAUAAACAGGCAGCAACUGCCUUCAAAAGUGAUUUUAGGGAUAACUUUUGGGACUUUUCUUUGUUUGACUCCUCUGCACGUCUGCGACUCUGUAAUGUCAUUUAUAAUCUGGGGUUUUGUGAAACACGCACAUGCAGUGAUGGAAGCAUUGCACCUUUCUUGGUUUAUCCUUUAUCCUCUAUCUCAGUUCUGCUGUUGCCUUAGUCCUCUGUUCCAUAUAAUUGGAGCACAAAGUUUUAGGAGGUAUCUCCCCAUGCUACGUAAUCCUUUAUCACAAAGCAGAGACGUUAGUAACGAUGGGAGUUCAGUUGCAUUCAUUUCUCUAAAAAAUACAGAAGAAAUCUGAAUUUGUGAUGCUUAGCAUUAGAUUAGAUGUUUUUAGUUCCGAUAAGAUAUUACUAGAUCUCUAAUUAGAUUAGAUAAAAACAAACAACAAUUAAAUUGAAUAGCACCUGUUUAUAACAGAGACUGAUUUUUGUUAAUGUGAGGAUUGAGGAGGAUAUUAUGCAGUGGUUAGUGCUGACAAAUAUACCAAAGAUACGCAAACCGCCAAACUUUACAACAAGGCCAGGUUUCUUGUGCCUCAUUCAUUUGUGAGUGAGGUUGCUGGAGUUCUUGUAUUAAACUUGAGAGGCUCG